AUGGUAUUCACAAGUUUGCUGAGAGUUUUGGAGACAAGAUACAACUUCCAAACUUCAAGAAACAUAUCUUCUACUGAAAUGUUGGGAAUUUUUUUGUACAUCUUGGGCACCGGUGCAAAAGUUUCCCAAUGUCGAGAAAGAUUUCAAAGGUUUGGAUCAACAAUAAGUCGACACUUUGCAGUUGUGCUUGAGAAAAUUUCAAGGAUGGCCACUGAUCUAAUUGCACCUGAAGAUCCUUUUUUAGCUCAAUACCCGAACAAAUACGAUUGCAUAAGUGCAAUUGAUGGUACUCACAUUAUGGUUAUUCUUCCACCAAAUGAACAAAUUCCCUAUAUUGGAAGAAAAGGAAAAUAUUAUCUUGUUGAUUCUGGGUAUCCUCAAAUGAAAGAUUAUCUUGGACCAUAUAGAGAUUUUAUGGAAUACGAAGAUAUUAACUGGGAAUAUGAGAAUAAUAUUGAUUCGGAAAAUGCGCAUGGUCGAGAAAGUGAUGAUGAUGACGACGACGAUGAUAGUGAUGAUGACGGUGAAUCAAAAAAUUUUAGUAGUUUUGAAAUGGAAUUAACGAGAGAUGCUAUAGCUUCUAGUUUAAUGAAUUCACUUUAA